AUGAAUACCGACUUGGAAAGCAAAGAAGUAGAUGGAUUAAUUGGAAGUGUGGGCCAGUCAACUGGGAAAACAAAGGUCUUUAGAGAGAGCUAUUAAAAGCUUGGUGAGCUACGCUCAAUUCUUCCACCAGUUCCAGUAGUUGCUUUGACAACUACUGCAACCAAAGAGGUUUUCAAGGAGUAUCAUCGAAUCUUCAAGUUUGAAAAACUACACCACAAUCACUACAUCACCAGACCAGAGUAUAUCAAACAUUCAUUCAUGAAAUCUUCAUCCGAUUCUCCGGAUAUCAAUCUGGCUUUUCUUGUCAAAGAGCUGCCAGAUAGAGGAAGAGCCUGUGACAAUUUUCUUGUGUACUGCCAAUCAAGGAAGAUUGUUUCGGAAGUUUAUUCCAUGUUUAUGUACCAGCUGCCCCCCACACACAAGGCUUAUGUACAAAUGUAUCAUACAAACAGCGAGGAUGACUUCCAACAACAUAUAGUGAAGGAUUUCGGAGACAGCAAGGGAAUGAUCAGGGUGCUUGUGGCAACGAUUGCUUUUGGCAUGGGUGUGGACGUGCAAGGCUGUUACAAUGUCAUUAUGUAUGGAGUACCAAGUCACAUCGAUGACUAUGUACAGAUGUCUGGGAGAGUUGGAAGAGAUGGGAAGAACAGCUUGAGCAUAAGCAUGAAAUAUCCAGGAGACAUGAAGCAUGGUACUUCAGAUGAAAUCAAGAGAAAUAUUAGUGGCGAUUCCUGCCGACGAGCAGUGACUGUGGACUGCUUGGUAGGGAGGGAAGAUGAGCGGAUUGGCGCUGAUUAGAGAUUUGGGAGACAUGAUGUGCCCUCUAUGUUAGCUUUGCGAAAGGGAACUUUCAAAUACCAAGGUCCAGUCUGGACUAUCACCAAUAUUGCUGUAUUCUCAUCCAAUUUUAGAAUAGAUGUGAAGAGCAGGAUCAAGGCCCUAUUUUAUCUCACAGUUAUGAUAACAACUAACAUAGUCACCAAUAAUCCAUUCUUACGGCUAAUGAGAUGAGAAAACAUAAUUUGACAACCCUGUAUAGAGGAAGUUGCUAUUAAUCUACAACAUCAUAGAAAAUUGGUAUGACAUCAGAGGUGCUUCUUCUUUAUUCAAUCCCACGUAGGUAAUCCCCAAGUCAACAAGAGAGACAACAACUCCCCAGGGAGACGUCCCAGACCCUUCGUGAGUGGAAGAAGCUGGAGAUAAAUAGCGACAGAAUCCUACAACGCAGGGCUUCUGCCCACUUUCAGAUUGUGCUACAGCCAAAUACAAAUCUUUUGUAUACCCGGUACCAAGAACUGCACAACAUGUGACAUCUGGGUCCAGAAAAGGUGCAGACUUUAGCACGGGAAAGGUUUUAUCGGCCGACCAUGGAGAAGGACAUAACCAGGUACAUGUACAUCACCCAGCAAUGUCUUUGCCUGAAACAGAAGAGACCCCAAAGACAAACCAAGGCUAAUCUCAUACCAAUCAAAACAACACAGCCCUUUGAGUUAGUCUCCAUCACUUCCUCCAUCUUGAACGUACAUGUAGCAAAGGUGGUUAUGAGUAUAUCCUUGUGGUGGUUGAUCACUUCAUCCGUUUCACACAAGCCUACCCAACCUGAAACAAGAGUGGAAAAACAGCAGCAGACAUAAUCUUCAACAACUAUUGUCUGAAAUAUGAAUUCCCCCAAGGACUCCACCAUGACCAAGGGAGGGAGUUUGAGAAUCAUUUGUUCAAGCAUCUGCAAGAAUUAUCAGGGGUCUCACACUCUCGUACAACUCCACAUCACCCACAAGGUAACCGCCAGGUAGAGAGAUUCAACAGGACACUCCUUGGGAUGCUGUGAACUCUGGCUGAAGAGCAGAAAAGCAACUGGAGUGCUUCUUUGGGAAAGGUAGUACAUGCCUACAACUGCACUCGCAAUGAGUCUACUGGAUAUUCUCCGUUCUAUUUGCUCUUUGGUAGGCACCCGCACCUCCCAAUAGACCUAGACUUUGGACUGGACCAUAAUGACAAGGGAAAACAUACUUCUAACAAGGAGAGUUAUGUAAGGCAGUGGAAGGAACAGAUGAAGCAAGCCUAUGACCUUGCAGCUAGAAAUGCAAGUCAGACGGCUGACCGACGAAAGCAGCACUAUGACAAAACUGCAUGGUCUGUUGUUCUUAUGCCAGGAGAUCGUGUCCUUGUUAGAAACAUGCAACCGAGUGCAGGACCAUCAAAACUACAUGACUAUUGGGAAGACCAGGUCUAUGUAGUGGUGAGUGAAAGAGGGGAGAUGCAGGUGUAUGAACUAAGAGCAGAAAGUGGCAAAUGAAAGAUCAGGGUGCUACAGUAAGUAUAUGGUAAUGUAGAUGUGGAAUAGGACUAGCAUGUUUUUUCUUUUAAACCAAUCUAAGAAAAUAACAGUAAUUCAAACAUUUAAUUACACUUUUGUUCUUUCUUCAUUUCAGUUUUGUUUGUUAGUGUUUACAGUGUAAGUAAACUGUGAGGGUGAUAGAUGGCAUCUCAUAACAUUUCAAGAUAACAUGUUUCUAUUUCCUUGACACCCGCAGUUAACUACUGGCUAAUCCAAACAUACACCACAAGAGCUUAAGGCAAAACCAUGCCUUAUAAUUUGGUGGCAGUGGUGGGAUUGAUAUUGAAAUAGGACAAGAGGUUUGUUAUUGUAUGACAGGUUUGUGUCCAUGAAUUGACUUAUAUUUCCUCAAAGUUUGUUCUUAUUUGGUUGGACACUAUCAAGAAAAUAAAGAAUAUUCAUAUCUUUCUCAACUGUGAAAGAUUAUUUUAUGUUACAUUGGUACACAUGUAUGACCACAAUGUGUCAGACUUGUUGACUGAUUGCGCUGGAACAUUAAAGGGGAAUUCAACCUUGGUCAUAAAUAUUGUGUUGGAAAAGAGAAAAAAAGAAAAACAGUGGUGAAAGUUUGAAAGAAAUUAACAAGCGAUAAGAAAGUUACAUUGUAGAGCUGUUUUAAACUUGAGAUCCUUAAGAUUAUGUAAAUUUCAAAUUGGCAACUGG